CUUGUUUGGUCUAGCGAUUGCGCAUGGUGCAUGCUUUCUUGCUAAAGUGUGGUGUUUUCGCCGAAUAUCGCAUUUUAUAAGUUCGUAAUGUAUAUUCCGUGCUGUGGUAACCAGACAGUGGGCUAAACAGAGGUGUAUAAGCGGUUGUAGGUGCACUGUGUAACGUGCCAACUACAGUCAAGAUGGGAAAACUUAACCUUACUUUGCUUAGGUACAUGUCGUCUGACGACUUCAGAGUCUUGACUGCGGUUGAAAUGGGAAUGAAAAACCACGAACUUGUGCCUGGGGCACUUGUCGCCACCAUUGCCAACCUAAAACAUGGAGGAUGUCACAAACACCUCCGAGAGCUGUGCAAACAAAAACUUCUUUCCUACGAACGUGGCAAGAGAUACGAUGGUUACCGGUUGACAAACAUGGGGUACGAUUACCUUGCGCUCAAGACUCUCUGUUCACAGGGUUUGGUGAAUUCCGUCGGCAACCAAAUUGGUGUAGGGAAAGAAUCAGAUAUAUAUGUGGCAGCAAAUGAAGAAGGAAGGGACCUGGUGCUCAAGAUAAGCCGGUUGGGGCGAGUAUGCUUCCGCAAACUGAAAGAAAAGAGAGACUACCACAAACAUCGUAACAAGGCCUCUUGGCUCUACCUGUCAAGAUUGGCCGCUGUAAAGGAGUUUGCAUUCAUGAAGGCUCUUCAUGACAGAGGGUUUCCUGUACCUGAGCCGGUGGGCUUCAACCGUCACUGCAUCCUUAUGGAGCUCAUCAAUGGGCACCCAUUGUGCCAUGUUCAUGACUUGGAAGAUCCAGCCCAGCUGUAUGACCAGCUCAUGGAUUUACUCAUUAAGCUUGGCAACUGUGGCCUCAUACAUGGAGACUUUAAUGAAUUCAACUUGAUGCUUAAUGCUGAAGACAAGCCCACGCUGAUUGAUUUUCCACAGAUGAUGUCCACAUCCCAUCCCAAUGCUGAGUGGUACUUUGAUAGGGAUGUCAACUGCGUGAGGGAGUUCUUCAAGAAGCGUUUUGGCUAUGAAAGUGAACUUUUUCCCAAGUUCAGCGAUAUAGAGAGAGAUGACACCCUUGACCUUGAGACAGCUGCCAGUGGCUUUUCGAAAGAGGUUAAGGAAGAACUGGAGGAGGCUGUGCAACAGAUGAAAGAAGAUUCCGAAGAGGAUUCUGGUGAGGACGAGAAGGAAUCUUUGAAUGACGUGCAUGAUUCACAUCAGCCCAGCUCGUCUCACAAAGACCAGCACACGGCCAAGGCAACACAGAAGACCACGAGUUGCAUGAUGGAACGUUUUAUUACUGACACUCAACUGCAAUCCAAAGAAAGAGAAAACAUCCAAAAUCAGCAAGAUAGCAGCGAGACCAUUCUUGAGGAUUGCCAAGACACAUCCCUUACCACAGAAGCAAAAGAAACAGAAAGAAACGCCUGCCGUAGAGAUGCCAGCAACAGUGUUGAGCCAGUGCAGCUAUCUGAUGCCAGCAUUUCCUCACUUUCACUGAGAGAUUCACAGGAGAAAGAAGCGGACAGUGAAGACAAGGACACAGUCCCGGAAUUGAUCCCGCAGGAUGGAAGUGACGAACAACCUGUAGCAACGCACACAAGGAGUGAAGACAGCAGAAGCGUCAGGACCUAUUACAGCAUGACAAGCUGUACCACAAUUGCGCCUGAAGAAAUCAAGGCACGUGUAAAGAAGCAGCUGACCAGCAAGGAGCGUGCACGGAGCAAGAAAGUUGUUGUCAAGGGCGAAGCCAGCGCCGUGACUCGACAGAGGCGCGAUAACAGGGACACUAUGAAACAGGACCUCCAUAUCUGGGGGUGAAGCUGCAAUGUGGGGCUCAACCCCAUAAUAAACAUGUUGCUAUGCUCA